CAAAUAUUGUGCAUUAUAGAAGAAAGUGUCUUCUACAAAAUAAGACCACUCCCAACUCCUCAAGGCCUUCCGUUGAGAAGAUACGAAUUCUUUUAAAUUUUGUUACUUUGCGUUGAAAAAAGCUUUCGAAACUUUUUUCUCUUUCAUUCAAUACUUGAUAACCUUCUGAAAUAGUUAGUCUUGUAGAGUAAACAUUUCUCUACAGAAUGAGAUGUCUCCCAACUCUUCAGCAUGUUUUCUAUUAGAGUUGUGAUCAUUCUGGACGUUAUAUCACAAAUGUGACUUUUUUAAAGGCUUCCAAAAGAGCAAAAUGAUUAUAACUCUAUCGGAAAACAUGGUGAAGAGCUGGAAACCAUCUCAUUUUAUAGAGAAAUUUUUACUCUACAGGAAUCCUCUGUCAGGAAUCCCAGAUCUAAAAGACGGAAAUGAGAAAAAAAAUCAGAACGUUGUUUGUUCUCAUACCCAAAUGGUUAAUUGUACAUAAAAAAUUUUAGAAAAAAAAAUUAUAAAUUAAAUUUUCGUUCAAUAUCAAACAAAAAUUCUAAAAUUCUAAAAUAAGAAAUGAAAGAAUGAGGGAGAAAAAAAAAUCUUAAAAUAAGAUUUUUUCUGCUAAAAUCAGACGAUCUGGGAUCCCUGCUGACUGUAUCAGAAAUUUAUCAAGUACUGAAUGGAAGAGAAAAAGGUUUCGAAAGUAAAAAAGUAGAAUUUUUUAAGCGCAAAGUAACAAACUUUAAAAGAAUUCGUAUUUCCUCAAUGGAAGGCCUUGAGGAGUUGGGAGUGGUCUUAUUUUGUAGAAGACACUUUCUUCUAUAAUGCACAAUAUUUGACUCAAAAAUAAAAAAAUAUUUCAAAAAAAAUCUAAAGAAAGAAUGGUUAAGUUUAAUUUUCUCUGACGGUACACAUUAGAAUUUGACAAUAUAUCCAUCACUUGAUAGAGGAAGUCUUCCUCUACAAUAGAUAUAUCCCAUUCUGUAGAACCCUGAAAUUUAUAGUCACCUUUAAAAAUAGUUUUAUUUAUUUUUUUCAUUUUAGUAUUGGUGAUGAUUCACUUAUUCAAUGUAUGGAUGCGUCUGAGACUGUAUCAAUCGAUCCGUCUGUUUCUUUAGACGAUGAUAAAUCGUCUCAAGCAGCAUCAAUACCGUCCUCAUUGUCGUCAAUGAGUACAACGGACUUGUCAUCUAAAAAUCAAUCAUAA